AUGCGCGUCACAUCCCUCAUCCUCACCGGCGCCCUCGCCGCCCUCGCCAGCGCCCAGGGCACCUCCACCACCGUCUCGGUCAACACCUCCAUCGACCCAGCCACCGCCGCCCAAAACUCCCAGCAGGCCGAGAUCCUCCGCUGCAUCAACGCCUGCACCCCCGGCGACGUCAACUGCACGGCCAAGUGCAACCCAGUGCCCAACCCCGGCGAGCAAGAGUCGAAGCCACAAACAAGUGCGUCUCCGAAUGCCCCAAGGGCAACGGCACCGAAGCCGACAACCUCGCCUACGGCCAGUGCUACAACGCCUGCGUCGCCACCCACUACUACACCGCCACUCCCGGUGUUGCUCCCAAGCCCACUGGUGGCUCUAGCUCUGGCAAUGGCAACAGCAACAACUCUGGUAACAACAGCAAUAACAACUCUGACAACAACAACAACAACAACGACGACGAUGACAACAAUGAUGAUGGCGAGGAAGGCGGGAACGGCACUACCAACAACCAGGGGGGCAACCCCACUACUACUGGCGCCCCGGCUAGCGUGA